ACAGGCCGUGUGCCUCCUAGGCAGGGAGUAGCCAAUGGCUGUGCUUUGCAGAGCCCUAUUUCAUUAGGAAUCCAGACUGUAGCCAUAUUUUUUCCUCAUGCACUACUCUUCAAAAUAGAAAGGAAAAGAGAUGGGAGAAUGCUCUUUAGCAUGUUCCACUGUACCUGCCUUAUGAAGCAAUCCAAUACUGUUUGGUUUUAUCUAGUUUUGAUAAGUCAUUCUCUGCAUGGGGUGUAUUUUCUGUUGCAGGUGUCCUUUGAAGAUGUGGUUGUGUAUUUCUCAGAGGAAGAAUGGAGAUUGCUGGACGAGGAGCAAAUAGCCUUGUAUAAGGAGAUCAUGAUGGAGACCUACAAGAAUGUGGCCUUCCUGAGAGAUAACUGGUGGGCCCCAAAACCAAGAAUGAAGCACAGCAAGUAUCUUAGAGACGAAGUGGGCAAAUGCCUCCAGGCUCACAUGUGCCAUUUAUGUGGGAAAUGUUUUGCUUGGAAGACACAUCUUACGAGGCAUCAGAGACUCCACACAGGAGAGAAACCUUACAAAUGCCAUCAGUGCGGGAAAGGUUUUUCUCGCAAGCCACACCUUGAGCAUCACCUGAGAGUCCACACAGGAGAGAAAACUUACAAAUGCCAUCAGUGUGGGAAAGGGUUCGCUUGCAAGCCACACCUUGUGAGGCAUCAGAGAGUCCACACAGGAGAGAAACCCUACAAAUGCCAUCAGUGUGGAAAAGAUUUUGCUUGCCAUUCAAACCUUGUGACCCAUCAGAGAGUCCACACGGGAGAGAAACCCUACGAAUGCCAGCAGUGUGGGAAAUUUUUUGCUGACAAGUCAUACCUUGUAGCUCAUCAGAGAGUCCACACAGGAGAGAAACCAUACAAAUGCCAGCAGUGUGGGAAAUGUUUUAUUCACAAGUCAGUCGUUUUGAGACAUCAGAUAGUCCACACGGGAGAGAAGCCAUACAAAUGCCAGCAGUGUGGGAAAUGUUUUGCUCACAAACCACACCUCAAGGGUCACUUGAGAGUUCACACAGGAGAGAAACCAUACAGAUGCCAGCAGUGUGGGAAAUGUUUCUCUCAGAAGCCAAACCUCAAGAGCCACCUGAGAGUCCACACAGGAAGGAAACCAUACAAAUGCCAGCAGUGUGGGAAAUGUUUUGCUGACAAGUCGUACCUUGUAACCCAUCAGAGAGUUCACACAGGAGAGAAACCAUACAAAUGUCCGCAGUGUGGGAAAUGUUUUGCUCGCAAACCAUACCUACAUUGUCACCUGAGAGUUCAGAUACAAAAAAAGCCAUACAAAUGCCAGCACUGUGGGAAAUGUUUUGCUCGCAAAACACACCUUGAGGGUCACCUGAGAAUCCACACAGGAGAGAAACCAUACGAAUGCCAGCAGUGUGGGAAAUGUUUUGCUUACAAGUCAGUCGUUUUGAGACAUCAGAGUGUCCACACAGGAGAGAAACCCUACAAAUGUGAACAGUGUGAGAAAUGUUUCAUUCACAAGACACACCUUGUGAGGCAUCAGAGACUCCACACAGGGGAGAAGCCAUACAAAUGCCAGCAGUGUGGGAAAGAUUUUGCUUGCCAUUCAACACUUCUUUCUCAUCAGAAAGUCCACACAGGAGAGAAACCGUACAAAUGUGAACAGUGUGAGAAAUGUUUUGCUCACAAGUCACUCCUUGUAAUUCAUCAGAGAGUUCACACAGGAGAGAAACCAUACAAAUGCCAGCAGUGUGGGAAAUGCUUUGCCCGCAAGUCUGUCAUUUUGAGACAUCAGAUAGUCCACACUGGGGAGAGACCGUAUGAAUGCCAGCAGUGUGGGAAAUGUUUUGCUCGCAAACCACACCUUGAGAGUCACCUCAGAAUCCACACAGGGGAGAAACCAUACAAAUGCCAGCAGUGUGGGAAAUGUUUCGCCCAGAAGCCAAACCUUAGGAGCCACCAGAGAGUUCACACGGGAGAGAAAUCCUAAAAGUGUCAGUAGUGUGUUGCUCAGGAUUCAAUCCUUUGGAGGCAACAGAAUCUCCACAUUCAAGAGAAAGUGGAAUUAUACUGGUUUUCCAAACAAAAACACAUCUAUGCUGUUUUUAGAGUAUUUUGCACUAUAUUUUCAUUCAAUAAAACUUUGAAUUGUUUGGA